AUGCUGAAAGUUUUCAGUCUUUUUGCUCCCUUUGCAACCACAUUACUAAUACUAUUUAACUCCAUUGUGAAUUCCAGAGUAAGCCCUGAAACCCAAAACAGAAUUGACUCCAUUUGUAGGUCUAAUGAAGACUAUGGAUUUUGUAACAAGGUCUUCCAUGCCGAUAUCCCAAAACCGGACAUGGACUACGUGGGCUUGACGAAGAUCACAAUCAUGGAGGCUCGAAGGAACGCCUCGAACACAUUGGACUACAUAAGGGCUCAAAUCCCAGGGGCAAAGGAUCAAGAGCUAGACUACUAUAAGGUGUGUGAAGAUGCAUACUCGACUCUUAAACAAAGUUUUGAUCUAGCUUUUGAUGAUUUUAAUAAGGGUAAUUAUGAACAGAUGAUUGCUUAUGAAUGGGAUACGCCUAGGACUCAGGCUAAGUGUGUUACUAUCUUUACAGUUCCUUCCCCUGCUCUUGAAAUUCUUAAUGAGAGGAAUAGAGAGAUGAGGAUUCUAAUUACUAUGGCUGUUAUAACAGCUACUUACAUUGUUACAUGA